AUGAGUUUGGGAGGUGCCGACUUGGAUUGUGAAAUGCAGCUGCGGAUCUGGGUGUUUCCCGAAGGCACCAAAAACUACUACACCACCAUGCUGCCAUUCCAACAUGGAGCCUUCCAUCUGGCUGUGAAAGCCCAGGUCCCAGUCAUUCCUGUGGUGAUGUCCUCAUACCGACCUUUCUUCAACAAGAAGAUCCAAAGAUUUAUUCCAGGGGAAGUGACAAUCCGGAUCCUCCCACCAAUGAAGACAGAAGGGCUUGUUUCAGCUGAUGUCCCGGAACUCACAGACCGUGUGCGGGAAGCCAUGCUCUCCACUUUCCAUGAGAUAUCAGAAGGCACAAGAGAGCAAGAAUGAAUCCCCAAGGAAGCCAUCUGUUGCCAAGAAACUUAGAAACCAUUCCUCCCCCCCUCACCUUGACACAUAAAAUCAUGUUUAACUAUAAAAAGUGUCAAUGUUUGCUCAGAAACCAGGGAUUUAAAAACAGCAUGGGGUUACAUCUGGGCAUGAAAGUUGACUUGCCACAGGACAGUAAAAGAAGAUAAGAGAAGACAAUCAGGACAAGGGGGCUCAGUGGCAUGGCAUCUGCUUGGCAUGCAGAAGGUCGCAAGUUCAAUCCCCAGCAUCCCUAGAUGC